GGGAAGCAGUUUUUUUUCUCUUGAUAAUUUUUUUCUGCGUAGUCUCUCAGACUGAAGUGGAACCAGCCUCAAAGACGGUAAAAGCAAAAGUUACGAAAUUAAGUGGAAUGAUUAGGGAGGAAUCGAGACUUAAGGCUGUGGGGGAAAAAGUUUUUAAAGCAGGCAAAUCGGCAGGUUCUAAAUGUCAAAGCAGCCAGUGUGAACCUCUCUCCUGGAGAUUAAAUGGUGCCUCCGAUGGCAGUUUCAGCAGGUGGGAAGUCUUUGGCCAAACAGAGGACAGGUAAGGUGAGAUCAUCGUGGUUUUCGCCGGUUGUCCUCCUGACGUUAGCAGCCGUCACGUCAUCCUCUCUGUCAGCUUUGUCCUUGUACCAGCUGAUGGCUCUCAGAGCCGAGGUAGAGGGGCUCAGGUCAGAGGUGGGUCGCAGGAGAGAAGAGGGUGAGUUCAAGAUCAAGUGUGAAAGCCAGUCUGAGAGUAUAAAUCUCAGGAGGCACCAAGCUGAGGCUCAGCAUGCGUUCAGUCUAAUAAGGAAGAGAAGAAUGGUGUCUGAACCACAGACUAUUGUGUCUCAGUCCUGCUUACAGUUAUUGGCCAACGACAAAAGGGAAACCUACAGAAAAGAAUUUGAUCUGGAGCCACACACAGGUAUCCCAUGGCAGACUGGUCUAGAGAGGGGCUCCAGCCUGAAGCAGGAUGGUGACACCAUGGUAGUCCAGGAGGAAGGCUUCUACUUUGUGUACAGCCAGCUUGCCCGGUUCACAAAGGUCUACUACAUGGACCGCACCUUUGCUAUGGGCCAUGUGGUGAUUCGGAGGAAGAGGAAUGUGGUGGGAGAUGAGCCUCAGUUUGUCGUCCUAUUCCGCUGCAUCCAGAGCAUGAACGACACCCACCCGUACAACACCUGCUACACAGGAGGUGUUGUUAAGCUGGAGGUUGGUGACCACUUGGAGCUUCUCAUCCCACGUUCCACAGCCAACGUUUCCCUGGACGGAGACGCCACAUUCAUGGGCGCUUUCAAACUGGUUUGAACCGUGUUUCUCACAGUGGACCUGCGCUGUUUUUUGUCAGUGAUGGUAAAAUAUCUGGAUGUUUAAAAGUGUACAAGGCGCAGUUUUUAGUGUAGCAAGUGACAGACAGACUGUAUAUUUUUCAGAACCAAAAUGGACAAAAGGAAGUUGGUAUUACAGCCUGUUUGGGCUAUUUUAAGUUACAGUUAAGCGUUUGUAUUUCAGAAAUGUGGAAUAAAAAGAGACACAUAUACAAUAAUGCAAUUUGUAGGAUAGGUUAUUAUUUUUUACGUUUGUUUCUAUUACUGUUUUUUGUUAUCAGUUUGCAAUUCUCAGUUAUACUUUCACAAUUGAUUUUAUAUUGUUAUUUCGACUGAUUUGUUUUUAAAACAUAACAAACAAUUUUCUCGUAAGAGAGAAUACCGAUUAAUCCUUCCCUACCUAUUGAAGUGUGUAUAAAAUUCAGCAUUUACUCGCCUGGAAGUCCCUUUAAAGCGAUGACGUCAUCUACAGUUGAGCUAGAAGUUGUUAUUUCGAUAUUGGCCGCAAGAUGUAAGUAAAGCAACAAAAAGACGAGGAAAAUUUUGCCGAGAUGGAACAUUUUAAAACAGUUUUUUAAACGAAUAUUUAAUAGAAACAGAUUCAGACUGAAUAACAAAUCCAUUUGACCUAAUGUCUGCUUUUAUUAUGUUUUUCUGUUGUGAUAAGAAAUGAAAAUUAAUAAUUGUUUGCAACAAAAAUAAAUAAGAUUAAAAGCGGGUAAAUAUAAAUGAAAAGAAUGUUACUACUAAUCUAUCAAAUGAUCCCAAUAUGCCGUACACUUGGUUUAAUAUAAAGUUUGAAAGUUAUUUACUUGCAAAUUAAACUAAAUAUUGUGAUUA